AUGGAGGCCCUCCCGUUCCUGGAGGAGCUCGUACCUUACGCGGUGCUGCUGGUCAACGGGCUCCUGUCCUCCCUGCUGAGGCGCCUCUCUGCCAGGCUGGUGCCCCUCCGAGCACAACUGGUAGCCUCUGAGGCCAUAUCUACCUGGGAGCUGUGCAGUGACGUCGGCGAACUAGGCAUAGUGUACGAGAGACACGGCACGCUGCUGUACGCGCUGGCGCUGCUGGUCUGCUGUCUCUGGUGGUGCCGGGCGUUCGGAGACGCCGAGGCCUGUCCCUGCGGGCCCGUCGAAGACCUGCUCUUCGGCCUCGGUCCGGGAGACUACAGGCCGCGCCUGGCCGGCCAGCUUCUCGGAGCAGUCCUCACGGCGCUGUACAUCAAGUUCAUCUGGUCGUGGGAGAUCAUAGCGGAGCACAGGAUCAUGGCCACGACGGAGUGCCAGACAUCACUCAUGGUAUCCACGACCAAAGGAGCGCUCAUAGAAGGCAUCAUCACGUGCGUCAGCCGGUUUGUGGCCAUGCGUUCCAUCUACUGGACACAAAACGUGUCCACCAUCAUCAAUUCCAUAACCACGGUGGUGCUGGUCCUUGCUGCGCUGACAACGACUGGUGGCUACUUCAACCCCAUCAUGGCCUCCGCGCUAAUGCUGGGCUGCGGGGGCAGCACACUCACCGAGCACUUCACCGUGUACUGGGUGGGGGCCCUCAUUGGGGGAUUCUUUGGGCGCUACUUCGACUUCAGGCUGGAGAUUGCCAUCAAAGAAAAAUAUGCAUGAUAGAAGUUUCACUCAUGAACUUA